AUGGGGUGCACCGGAGGCGGAGUGGGCAUAGGGGAGCAGACGCAGCAGACGCGGAGGAGGCAGGAUGGGAGGAGCAGGGGGAUGGGGCGCAUCGGAGGUGGAGUGGGCGUGGGCGGCAGACGCGGCGCCAAGCUGAGCGGGUGGGGGCACCGCGCGCAGCGCACGAUGACGAGGCAGAGGAGUGGGGUGGGCGCCCGAUGUGAUGAAGCGAGUGGGGACUUCGUUAGGGAUUUCGGUUUGGAUUUCUGUUGUGGGUGGAGGAGAAAGCGUCGGUGUAGAGGAGCAGGCAUGUUGUCUGUUGGGCCUGAUCGCUUCGCAGGCCCAGGAAUGACGUGUCUGGACGCACAUGUCCAGACGGACGCCCUCACCGAAGUAUUAUCAAAUAUUAAAAGCAAUUCUGUAGAAAUGGCUGAUGGUGAGGACAUCCAGCCUCUUGUCUGCGACAAUGGCACCGGAAUGGUCAAGGCUGGUUUUGCUGGUGAUGAUGCACCAAGGGCUGUUUUCCCUAGCAUCGUGGGCCGUCCUCGUCACACUGGUGUCAUGGUAGGGAUGGGACAGAAGGACGCGUAUGUUGGUGACGAGGCACAGUCCAAGAGAGGUAUUCUCACGCUCAAGUACCCGAUUGAGCACGGUAUUGUCAGCAACUGGGAUGACAUGGAGAAAAUCUGGCAUCACACUUUCUACAACGAGCUCCGUGUUGCCCCCGAGGAGCACCCUGUGCUGCUCACUGAAGCUCCUUUGAACCCAAAGGCCAACAGGGAGAAGAUGACCCAGAUUAUGUUCGAGACUUUCAAUGUUCCUGCCAUGUACGUUGCGAUUCAAGCCGUGCUCUCCCUCUAUGCUAGUGGGCGUACUACUGGUAUUGUUCUCGACUCUGGUGAUGGUGUGAGCCACACUGUGCCCAUUUACGAAGGAUAUGCCCUUCCCCAUGCCAUUCUUCGUUUGGAUCUUGCUGGCCGGGACCUCACGGACUCCCUCAUGAAAAUUCUCACUGAGAGGGGUUACUCCUUCACAACCUCUGCCGAGCGAGAAAUUGUAAGGGACAUCAAGGAGAAGCUGGCAUAUAUAGCCCUUGACUACGAGCAAGAGUUGGAAACUGCCAAGAACAGCUCCUCAGUUGAAAAGAGCUAUGAGCUACCUGAUGGUCAAGUAAUCACCAUCGGUGCAGAGAGAUUCAGGUGCCCUGAGGUCCUCUUCCAGCCGUCCAUGAUUGGUAUGGAGGCUGCUGGAAUCCAUGAGACAACAUACAAUUCAAUCAUGAAGUGCGACGUGGAUAUCAGGAAGGACCUCUACGGCAACAUUGUGCUCAGUGGAGGUUCAACUAUGUUCCCAGGUAUCGCUGAUCGUAUGAGCAAGGAGAUCACUUCCCUUGCACCAAGCAGCAUGAAGAUCAAGGUCGUUGCACCACCUGAAAGGAAGUACAGUGUCUGGAUAGGAGGGUCGAUCCUAGCCUCGCUCAGCACUUUCCAACAGAUGUGGAUAUCGAAGGAGGAGUAUGAUGAGUCUGGCCCGGCAAUUGUUCACAGGAAGUGCUUCUAG